AUGCACGAAUGUGCGCGAAAUCAUGUAUCAUCACAGUGGCACAAAGAAUCGAGUGUAAUGGCAGCCAAUUUCAAAUCUGUAAAAUAUGGAACGCAAAUGGACAUCGUACAGCAAAUUGACAGCUCAAUGGCAAAACAGGUUAAAGAUAAUCGAGAAAAACUCUUACCCAUAAUUUCUACAAUCGUAUUUUGUGGGACGCAUGAUCUUGCUCUUCGUGGAAAAGAAUCGAGCAGUGGAAAUUUUGUAGACUUGCUGAAAUUCAGAAUACAUGCAGGAGAUCGUGUACUGCAACAACAUUUAGAAUACUGCCCCGGUAAUGCAAAGUAUACGUCGGUUCAAGUCCAAAAUGAACUAAUAGGCAUCUGUGGUCAAGUACUACGAAAACAAAUGGUCGAUGAAGUUAAUAAAGGUUAUGGUUUUUCUAUUUUGGCCGACGAAACGGCUGACAUAUCAGGAAAAGAGCAGUUGUCAAUCGGCAUUAGGUACGUCGACUCAAACUACAACAUUAAAGAAGAAUUUUUAGGAUUCCAACAACUAGAAAAACUUGAUGCUGACGCAAUUAGUCAUGCAAUUUUAAAGGUACUUGCUGAUUGUGGAUUGGACAUGGACAAACUUGUAGGGCUUGGUUUUGAUGGAUGUGCAACCAUGGCUGGAAAAGAAACAGGUGUACAGCAAAGAAUUAAAAUGAAACACCCUAAAGCAAACUUUUUCCAUUGUGCGUCACAUCGACUAAAUUUGGUUAUUAAUGACUUAUGUGCGGUUCGGGAAAUUCAAAACUGUUGUUCCAGCAUAAAGGAAAUCGUGAAAUUUUUUCGAGAAAGUGUUUUACGAAGAAGAUUAGUCGCAAAUUUGCCUCUGUUGUGUGAAACUAGGUGGUCCGCAAAAUAUAAAUCUAUCCGAAUCUUCUACGAGAACUUUAUCAACAUAAUUCAUGCCCUUGAAGAUCUUGCUACAAAUGCAGAAUAUAAUGCAGCUACACGCUCAAAAGCUCACCAACUAUAUCUGGCGGCUUGUCAGUCCAAUUUUAUUGUUGCUAUGGUCAUAAUAGCAAAAUACAGUUCUAAACUAGAACCUGUGGUUAAUACCCUUCAAGGCAUCAACAUCAAUCUCUUAGAUGUAAAAAACCACAUAGGUAUUAUUGAAGAAACCCUUAAAAAACACAGAAGUGAUCAUGAAACCUACUUUGCAAACAUUUAUCAGGAAGCUACGGAAAUAGGAAAUAAAAUCGGCAAACAAAUGGAAAUGCCGCGCAUUGUUCAGCGACAGAAACAUAGAUCGAACCCGGCAUUAGGUACAAACGCUCCGGAAGAAUACUUUCGUAAGAUCCUUUACGUACCAUAUUUGGACUCUAUUAUUUCUUCAAUAACGAGCCUAUUCGAGGAGACCAACACACCAGCGUUUGCUUUGAGUUUACUACAUCCAAAAUUUGUUACAAGCACCGAACAAUCACACCUUAUGGCUCAGCUGAAAUCUGCUGAACAAUUUUACGGAAUAGAAAACCAUUGCGAAGAGACUGAUACGUGGCUACAUUAUUGGAAGAGCAAGACAAUUCCUGCAGAUAUGACACUGCAUGACGCUUUGGCGGAAACUGAAUUUUUUCCCGCUGUAGCUAAAGGGAUCAUUAUUUUUAUGACCCUUCCACCUACAACGUGUACUGUCGAGAGAAGUUUUAGUACGUUAAGGAGAGUGAAGACGUGGCUAAGGUCGACAAUGACUACACAACGACUUGACGGAUUAUGUAUGUUAAGCGUCCAUCGAGAGAAGGUGAAAGUUGAUAUUGAUCAAUUUUGUCAAAGUGUCUUGGAUAUAUUUGCUCAAACUCCAAGGAAUUUGAUGUUUGCCUUCUCUGAUAAAUAUGCAUAG